CGCUUGCACAACACACAGUCGGGAAGAGACGCUUCAUCCGGUGACUCGCGUGCGGUGAGAACGAGUUCCGAGCGGAGGUGCAUGGAUUAGCGUCAUUGCUAUAAGGACAGUACUCAAACAGGUAGUCGCCGAGCAAGGCGGUGGUGCUGUUCACGCGAUACAGGGGCGAUCUUUUCCCCGCGAUCACCCGCGAGCAACGAAAUGGUGCGAUGGUCCGAGUACAACUACGUGGGCAACAAGAGUCUGCUCGCGCUUGCGGUCCUUGGAGCCAUUCUACAGGCUGCGACGAUCGGUGCCCAGCGUUGUACAGGCGUGGAAGUCGUGUCCCGAAGCGGCUGGGGUGCUCGAGCUCCCCGAAACCGGUUGGCCAUGAAGAAUCCCGCCCAGUACGUGUUCAUUCACCACACCACGGGAUCCCAGUGCAAGGACAAGGCCAGCUGCUGUAGGAUCAUUCGAGGGCACCAGAACUACCACAUGGACAAGAGAGGAUGGUCAGACGUCGGCUACAGCUUCCUCGUGGGCGGCGACGGACGUGUCUACGAGGGCCGCGGCUGGGGUAUAGCAGGAGCGCACACCCGAGGCUACAACGACAACGGCAUCGCCAUCUCCUUCGUCGGAGAUUUCACGAAGUCGACGCCCAACCAAGGGAUGCUCAACGCGGCCAAAAACCUCAUCGCCUGCGGUGUCCAAAUGGGCAAAAUCAAUCCGAAGUACUCUCUGCACGGACACCGGGACGGCGACUGCACUGCUUGUCCGGGAGACCGCCUCUACGACGUCAUCAAGAAGUGGGCCCACUACGGCGGGAGACUCAAGAAAACCGUGUGCUAGCAGCGCGCCAAGCGGCCGUCAAAUGCUAAAACAUGAGGGCCACGCAUGACCACGAAUACUUUUGGUUUUUUCAAGAGUGUGUGGAAGGUGCCACAGUGCGGAAUCACGAUAGGCAGCAUUUACAUAAUAAACAGAAAAUGCGGCAGAA